AUGGCCGUCUUCUUAUUCCCUGUGUAUUGUCUCGGCUGGUUGCUUCUACUUGCCUGCAGCAGGGCUAUGAACGCCCCUACCCCUACAUACCCGCAGACUGUGGAAGUGGACUUGAUAUUUCCGCGAAACGAGACCUACGCGCCUGUCCCGCUCACUCCCUUCGUUUUUGCUGUCCAGAACUUCCACGUCUCUAAACCGCUCUACCUACACUUCUCCUAUAGUGUCGAACAGGACCCGUACAUCGAUGCCCCAUCUGCAGGUGGCCAUCUGUAUCUGGAUAAGGCCAACUUCUCUAGCAGCGACCCUUAUUUCAUAUACGGCUGGACUCCCAAGCUCAACAAUACCGAGGCCACAUGGAGGUUCAUCUGGGAAUGGAGUGCAGGGAACUGCUCGAGAUCUAAGAAUCCAGUAGAACCCUUAGAAUUUGGAAGUGUUGGCAGGCGCAACAUUAUCCACUUUACCACCAAGAACGGAGCUAAGCAGCUAGAUCUCGUUGCUGCAACGCAAGAUGGUACCUGCGAUAAGUCACAAGCGCAUACCCUGAAUAUCACGGAGGUAUUGGAUGUCCCUUCGGGGACUAGAUACUAUAACAACCAACCCUUAUGCCCGUUACUUUCGACUAUAACGCCAACUCCGGAUCCCUGCGGGGCCAAAAUAGAUUCUGCGGCGGCAUCGAGCAUUUCAUAUGCCAUUCAAUCCAGUGCGUGUAUAGGUGGUGCCAGUCCAAAUGUGACCUGCCCGCCUGGUGUUGAGCCAUGGAGUUCGGCACGGCGUACAACUGAGUUUUCGACAGGGGCAGUAUUGUUGGUAGCUACUGUUGCUUGGCUUAUUCACAUGAUAUGA